UUUGUACCAUUUUAUGAAAGUACCAGUAGCUGCACACUUACAUAAAAAUUAAUGACAAUGAUGAUAUUAUAGUGCUUCCUUUCAAGAUGCCUUGAUUCAAUGUCCAUCUUGAACAAAAAAUCCUUGGAUGAAAGCUGAUGGAUCUUAUAUUUUGCGAGCCCUAGGAAGCUUUCCAUUGGCUUAGCUGCUAAUUUUAUCCAGCAUUUAAAGACUUACAUUGAUUUCAUCAAUGAAUAAAAGGACAGAAGCUCAUCAAAACAGCUGUAGUAGCUGGAGAGGAGCAAAUAAAGGUGCUGGGUAUAACUGUUGGAGACGCUGCAAAUGGAAACUUGCUGGCUACCCUCGGAACUUGAUUGGCAACCGCAAGUUCAUUGCUCUAUUUUGUGCCAUUAUUUUAAUUGUUCUGUACCUGUUGUCAUCAUCACUUUCUGUGUCAAGAUUCUACCUAACAAGAAUUCUUUUGCCUGACCUCUUGGAAAAUUUUGAACUUUCAAAGAAUUCUGAUGACCUCAAGAAGCCCAGAUUGGUAUGGCAAGGGGGAGGGAGUGCUAUGGAUGACAUAACACCCGAUGUUGACCACCCAUUCACCGAAGCUCCAAGGCAUAAACAUUCCCCUCCACCAGUAGCCUGGGAGAAUCCUAGUGGCUUCGUUCAUCACGGUGGUCGCGGUGAUGCCAAGAUUCUUGUUUUUGCUUCUAAAAGAAAAGGUUCUGCCAUCCUACGUGCCAUCACUGAGCUAUUGGAGAUGAUUAAGUUCAAGUUUGAUGUCAUCACUGUUAUGCCAGGCUCACCAAUGCCUGUCUUAACAGACAUCCACACCAAGUAUAAAUGUUUCAUACUUGAUGACUUCAAGAUGUAUUUGAACCGCAGCGCAAGCCAGCGCAAAAUGAUUGAUAAUUUCAUGGAAAAGAAUGGAAUUGGCAUGAUUGCCUUCAUUGUGAGCAACAAUGCCUCAAGGAUCGGCAAGCAAGAACAACUUAAAGGCUUUCCUGUCCUGCUCCACAACAAGCUCAAUGCAAAAGAGCUGCGACUGGCGAGCAGCAGCCCUGCAGGUCUGUACCGAGUGCUGCGUGAGGGAGCGUCUGUGAACCUCACACGACGUGGCGACCAUCCCUUGCCCGUGUCCGUGAUGCUCCCUCAGCACCCCCUGCUGCUGCCCCUGGUGGAGGCUCUUGUUCCCUCAACGUCUGAUGUGGACACCUACUUGCCUGCUGCCUUACUGGACGUGGGUAGAAUAGACGGUAUCCGGCGCGUGCUGCUGGGGGUGGACUUGUCAGGGUGGCUGCAGAAGCUCCUGUUCCUGGACGCGCUGUCCUUCCUUGACGCUGGCCUCAGCCUGCCCCUGGAGCGCUACAUCCUCGUGGACGUUGAUGACAUCUUCGUGGCUCGUAGUGGCAUCAGGAUGACCGAUCAUGACGUUAAGGCGAUGCUGGAGUCGCAGGAGCGGCUGCGCGAGAAGAUACCAAACUUCACGUUCAACCUGGGCUUCAGUGGCUAUUAUUUCCUCAGUGGCAACGCCGCUGAGAAUCUUGGUGAUAAAGCUCUUGUUGGAAAUGCAAGCUCCUUCUGGUGGUUUGGUCACAUGUGGAGACACACGCAGCCCCACAAACUGGCCACCGUUGAUGACAUCAAAGCGCCCAUGCUCCUCAACAGACACUUCGCUAAAACUUACAACAUCUCCGUUGACACAGGUUACAGCGUGGCGCCGCACCACUCAGGCGUGUACCCCGUCCACGAGCCGCUCUACGACGCUUGGAAGAAAGUCUACGGCAUCCGCGCCACGUCCACGGAGGAGUACCCGCACCUCAAGCCCGACAGGUUCCGGAGAGGCUUCCAGUACCGGGGCAUUAAGGUUCUACCGCGCCAGAUGUGCGGUCUGUUCACCCACACUCUGUAUUUCGAGUCUCCCGAGCACCCGGGGCUGAAGGCGAAACUCGACGCAUCAAUCGACGGCGGCGAGCUCUUCCAAACCAUCGCCCUCAACCCGAUCAACGUGUUCAUGACCCACAUGACCAACUAUGGCAGCGACAGGCUGGCGCUCUACGUGUUCGAGGGCGUCGUGCAGGCGCUGCAGAAGAGAACCAACUUCAUCCUCAAGACCGAGCCUGCCGUGCAGCUCGCGCAGCGAUACUUCGACCUCUACCCUGAGGAAGAGGAGCCUUUCUGGGGGGACCCAUGUAUGGACAAGCGGCACAUGGAGAUCUGGUCGAGCAACAAGACCUGCGACGAGCUGCCUGACGCGCUGGUGCUGGGACCGCAGAAGACGGGCACGACGGCGCUGUACACGUUCCUGGGGCUGCACCCGUCCCUGCAACACAACCUGCCCUCGCCCACCACCUUCGAGGAGGUCCAGUUCUUCUCCGGACAUAAUUACUUCCGCGGCCUCGACUGGUAUCUGAAAUGGUUUCCUACGCGUGAGCCUGGCCAGAUCAUCUUCGAGAAAAGCGCGACAUACUUCGACAGCGAGGUCGCUCCUGCCAGAGUCAAGGCGCUGCUACCCAACGCUAAGCUGGUGGUGUUGCUGCUACCACCUGAGCGGCGCGCGUACUCCUGGUACCAGCACCAGGUGGCACACGGCGCUGCAGCUGCUCUCAACCACUCCUUCUCUGAGGUGCUCAGGGCUGACCUGCUGCCUUAUCCACCGCGGGGCCUGGCAGAACUCAGGGCCAGGUGCCUCCACCCUGGGGAGUACGCCGUGCACCUGGAGCGCUGGCUGGAGCACUUCAGCCCUGAGCAGCUGCUGCUGGUGGAUGGCGAGCAGCUGCGACAAGCGCCUGUGGCUGUCAUGUCGCAACUACAGGACUUCCUGGACGUGCGGCCUGUGGUUGACUACGAUAAGCUUAUCAGGUGUGCUGGUGUGGACACGAUAAGCUUAUCAGGUGUGCUGGAGUACUACGCGCCCUACAACGCCCGCCUACUGAGCCUCCUGCAGCAGCUGCGACGCACCCCUCCCUCCUGGCUGACCAACUCCUCCCUGGACCUGCAACCCACCAAUUAA